AUGACUUCUUCGGCUUCAUUGAUGGAUAAUAUCGUACUUUGUGCUGAAACCGAGGAAAAAUCGUCGUCCGUUCAAGCCGGCCAGAAAUCAUAUGAGGAGGCAAAAAUUUCUAGGGAACGUGUCUCUGCGAUUUGUAUGGAACUGGAAGGAGCCGACAGUGUUCGAUACUUGAUGUCUAAAAUGGCACUCGCCAAUUCUUAUCAAAAGGUUCAAAAUUUCCGGAUGGCGGAGAAAAGUUUUGAAGAGGCUUUUGCGGGAUUUGAAAAGACUGUGGGAGAGUACGCUACGAAGACAUUGAAAGCUUGCCAGGCCCUUGGCCUGCUCCAUUUUGCCAAGAGGGAUAUGGAAAAGGCCAAGGAAUAUUGCGAGAAGGCUUUCCAAGGAUUUCAGAAGCGACAUGGGACCUCCAACCGCCUCACUGCCAGGGCAGCGUACGAACUCGGCACUGUCUACUAUCAAAGUUUCAGGUUCACCCAGGCAAAAACGGCAUUUCAAACGGCAUACGAAGGAUACAUGCAAGACUUCAAAGAGCCAAAAAAGUUUCACAAAGCUAUCACGUCGGCAACGGUUGAUCUAGCCGAGUGUUGUGCAGUCCUUGGAGGUCCGACGAACGAGGGACAAGCGGAGAGCUACUACCAGCAGGCAUUGAACGACAUUCAAACAUACGGUAUUCAAAUAUACGGUAAUUUCCAGGCUGAGGACGAUCUCUUCCGUGUGAAGCUCAAGCUAGGUGACCUGUACAGACAGAGGCAGCAGUUCAAGCGCGCAAAUCCCUUGAUUACAGAUGCUUAUAAGCACUUCAGUCGUGACCCACAAAAAAGGGAUCAUCCUUAUUGUGUGGAGAGGUGGGAGGCGACGCUACGGCUCGGAGAGCUGAAAUUGGAUCUGGGCAAUUUGCGACCCGAGGAAUACAAGAAAGACCCUGUACACUUGAUUCGGGAUGCUAAAACAAAUUUGGAAGAGGUCGCUGGGAAUAAAUCCCCGCUCACCCUUCAGGCAGCUAUCCUCCUGGGUAAAAUCUGCUUGGAGGAAAAUUGUAUAGGUGGAUGUGAUGGAGAAAAAGAGCUCGAAUGUGCUUUGGGCCACUGUGAGAAGGCGUUACCACCUGGAUCCCCUAUGACAAUCAAGGCAAUGGACUGUCUUGUAAACCACUGGGUAAAGCAUAAGAAUAAAAAGCAUGAAAUCGAUAACAUGACACAACGCAAAUGGAGAGCUCUGAAUGACGGAUACGGAGUUGAUACCACCAUUGCCAUUAUGAAGAUGACGGAUCCCAAACGCGAGAAUCAUGCCAUAUGGAACACCAAGCUUCCCGAAGACAAUAGCGAUGGCGGGACUGGUGGCAGCGGCAGCGGCAGGGACAUCUCAAAGAAAUAUCAAGCAGCUUCAUUUUCUGAUGACAAGAAUGAUCUGGAUAAAGAACAGAAAAAAUCCAAAAAGAGAUACAUUGACCCACAACAGUAUACUAUUGGCAAUUCAAAGACGGCUCGUGAUGGACAGCUUUUUCAUCAGUGCAGUCCAUGGUGUCAAGACUGCCCAGAAACUCAGCAGCGCCAGAAACUUCAGUACCAGGAAGACGAAAAGCGUCAGGAAGCUCAACGCCAGGAAGCUCAAUGCCAGGAACAGCAGCGCCAGGAACAGCAGCGCCAGGAACAACAGCGGCACCUGGAGCAGCAGAUCCCAGAACUUCGGCAUCUUCGAGAACGUCAGCAGCGUCAGGAACAACAGGAGUUUCAACAACUUCAGCGGCUUCAGGAAACCCUGCAGCACCGGGAAUAUCAGCAGCUUCAGGAAAUCUGGCAGCAACGGGGAUACCAGGAGCUUUGGAAGCUUCAGCAGUGCCAGGGAUAUCAGCAGCGUCAGGAACUUCAGCAGCGUCAAGAAUGUCAGAGAUGUCUGGAACUUCAGUAUGUUCAGGAGGCUCUGCAGCGCCAAGAACUUCAGCAGCAUCAGGAACUUCAGCGGCGCCUAGAACUUCUAAAGCGUCAAGAGCUUGAGCAGCUUUGGACGCAUCUGCAGCAUUAUCGCGUCGACCCCCUGGGGCAACUCAUUGGGGAUACUAUUGCAUUACCAUUUCACAUUAUUGGGGGGGUUGCUAACAUCUUGUUUCCUCAUAAUUGGUGA